CAGACAAGCAUUUGCAACGCAGUAUAUAAUGUGACUGCUGAGGGCCUUCGUGAGGUUUCCUCUUCCGCUCUUCAUUGAGGUCCAAGAGAACUGCGAGAGGCUUCGGAAAUCCUGCUCAAUGGACCCCAAACUGGGAAGAAUGGCGUCAGCUCUCCUUGCUCUUCUGCUGCUGCUUUUGGGAGGCAUGUCCUCUCCAUCCUCACCCCAUGCCGGGCUGGUCGAGAAGGUCUUCCAGUACAUGGAUCUCCAUCAGGAUGAAUUUGUGCAGAGGCUGAAGGAGUGGGUGGCCAUUGAGAGUGACUCCGUUCAACCUGUGCCCCGCCUCCGACAAGAGCUCUUCAGGAUGAUGGUCCUGGCCGCAGAGGAGCUCCGGCGCCUGGGGGCCAGAAUUCCUCCCCGUCCCAAACGAGGUUGCCAUCUGCCUGAUGGCCAGACUCUCCCGAUACCUCCUGUCAUCCUGGCUGAGCUGGGGAAUGAGCCAGGGAAACCCACCGUGUGCUUCUACGGCCACCUGGACGUGCAGCCGGCCACACAGGCCGAUGGGUGGCUCACAGACCCUUACACACUGACGGAAGUGGAUGGAAAACUUUACGGACGAGGAGCAACAGACAACAAAGGUCCUGUUUUGGCGUGGAUUAAUGCUAUGAGCGCAUUCCGAGCCCUGGAGGAAGAUCUCCCCGUGAACAUCAAGGUCAUCAUUGAAGGGAUGGAAGAAGCCGGUUCUGUGGCCCUGGAGGAACUUGUCAAGAGAGAGAAGGACAGGUUCUUUUCCAGCGUGGACUACAUUGUGAUUUCCGAUAACCUGUGGCUGAGCCAGAGGAGGCCAGCACUCAUUUACGGAACUCGAGGGAACAGCUACUUCACGGUGGAGGUGACAUGCAGAGAUCAAGAUUUUCAUUCAGGCACCUUUGGUGGUAUCCUUCAUGAGCCAAUGGCUGAUUUGGUGGCUCUUCUCGGUAGCCUCACGGACUCGGCCGGUAAUAUUCUGAUCCCUGGGAUCUAUGACCACGUGGCUCCUCUCACAGAAGAGGAGAAAGAACUGUACGGUGCCAUCGACCUGGACCUAGAAGAAUACCGGAACAGCAGCCGGGUUAAGAAAUUCCUGUUCAACACCAAGGAGGAAAUUCUGAUGCACCUAUGGAGGUACCCUUCUCUUUCCAUCCAUGGGAUCGAGGGUGCGUUCGAUAAGCCCGGAACUAAAACAGUCAUACCUGGCCGAGUUAUAGGAAAAUUUUCCAUCCGCCUGGUCCCUCACAUGAAUACAUCUGUGGUGGAAAAACAGGUGCAGCAGCAUCUCCAGUAUAUAUUCUCCCAAAGAAAUAGUUCCAACCAGAUGGAUGUUUCCAUGGUGCUGGGACUGCAUCCGUGGAUCGCCAAUAUUAAAGAUCAUCAGUAUCUUGCAGCAAAAAGAGCUAUCAAAACAGUGUUUGGAACAGAGCCAGAUAUGAUCCGGGAUGGAUCAACCAUACCAAUUGCCAAAAUAUUCCAGGAUAUUAUCCAGAAGAGUGUGCUGAUGCUUCCGCUGGGCACUGUUGACGAUGGGGAGCACUCUCAGAAUGAGAAAAUCAAUAGGUUGAACUACAUAGAAGGAUCAAAAUUGUUUGCUGCCUUUUUCCUAGAGGUGGCUCAGCUUCAUGAAUAAUGGCAGGAACCUUCCAGCUUAGAUCUGACCUGCUAACACCCUGGACAGGAAAGGAAUCUCAAUAUCCAGAGAAUUUCAGUCCAGAAAGUAAUGUUUUCCCUCCCAUUUAAAAUAUCUUUGGACAGUUGGACCAAUAAGUAUAGACAUUGGGAAUGGUCUAAUGUCCCAUAGCAAGCCUUUCUAAAGUCACAGCUUCCUUCACCAACCUGAUCUCCCCAAGUUCAGCUGCAGUAUCCCAGGACUGGACCUCCCCUCACAAUGAUUGACGUAGUCACUCUAGCUUGCUUUCUAGGAAGUACUCAUGACACAUAAUCAUUCCAUGCAGUGACUGUCAGUACUCACCCCACCCUUGCUUGUACCACAUCUUCCUUUUAUCUUAUUAAUAAAAACCUUGGUCUCCACCACUGAC